GAUUAGUAAUUUAUGCAGAAACCCAGGACCAAAAAGAUGAAAUUCCUGCUCGCCUUAUUCUUAAAUGCCGUUAAAUGCUCGAAACCGAGGUUCUGUUUUCCAGACGCCUGCUUCCUAUCAGGUGGCGGUGCCGCGACAUCGGAGGUGGCGGUCACCAGAUUCUCAGGGACCUCCCCCGCUUCCCCUUCCUUCCCUCUACUUCCCGCAAACCGUUACAAGCCGCGGCGUACCAUUCUCCUAUCCUCACCGCGAAAAGAAAUAUAACAAAGAAAGGGAAGAAGAAAACCGCACCACCAUUGGGUGGCGAGGGUCAAGCUUUUGUCCUCCGGACCUCACAGCCGGAAACCAGACACCGCCCCCUAUAAAACCCCGUGUCCAACUCCAUCCGCUUUUGUGAGAGAGAAGCAGGGGAUAUGGGUAUCUACUGGAACCUGGGGCUCUGCUUCUCCCACGUGCCUCGUCUUCUCCUAGCGGUGGUCGCCAGCUCUCCGGCCGCCACCGCUUCGGCGGACUCCAUCGCCACCACCGGCCCUUCCCCCUUCCCUUCUCCGCCGUCCGCCAGAUCGUCCUCCGUCACCCCCUUCCGGCCCAGCAUCGCCAUCAUCGUCGGCGUCCUUACCGCCAUGUUCUCCCUCACUUUCCUCCUCCUCCUUUAUGCCAAACACUGCAAGCGGGCCUCCGCCGGCUAUGGCGGCGGCGGUGCGUCGGGAUUUUCGGCCGCCGUCGAGCGGCGGAACUCAGGGGUGGAGCGGGCGGUGGUGGAAUCGCUGCCGGUGUUUCGGUUCGGCUCGCUCCGUGGCCAGAAAGAGGGACUGGAGUGCGCGGUGUGCUUGAACCGGUUCGAGCCGGCGGAGGUGCUCCGGCUUCUUCCAAAGUGCCGCCACGCCUUCCACGUCGAGUGCGUCGACACCUGGCUGGACGCCCACUCCACCUGCCCACUCUGCCGCGUUCGCGUCGACCCAGAGGACGUCCUCCUCGUCCCCGAGCCCCGCCACCUGCCGGAUCCCGACCAUCCCUCCGCGGCAGGCGGGCACAAGUCGCCGCGAGACAGCAAGGCAGCCGGUGAAGCGGCGGCCGCGAUCCCGAACCCCUUCGGCCGGCGGAUCUCCGGCCGGCACUCCUCCGCCGGGGAGAAGUGCAGCAACUCCGUCCAGAUCGUCGUCCACCGGGCGGACCCCGCCAAUCGGAGGUCGGCGGAUGCCGCAUCCGCACGCGGCGGCGCUGCUGCGGGCGGCUUCGAAGCAACAAGGGGGAAGGUCCGAAAGGACGGGCUUCUCUUGCCGGCGGACAGGGAGGAGUUCGAGCGGCGGUGCAGUCACCGAAUCGUUGUCUCAGGCGGUGACGUGAUGCAGGAAAGAUGGAGCGAGCUUCGACCGUCGGAUCUGCUGUUUCUGCGCUCGGAGAUGAUCAUAACCGAUAGCGGAAGGUUCUCCGCGUCCCGGGCGGGCCGGGUCUCCGGCUCCUCGUUGGGCGGGGGCGGGGACGUAAUUAGCGCGCGAUGCGCAUCGGAGAUCACGGGGAUUAGCCGGCUCCCGACCCGAUCUCGCAGCGGCGGCUGCGCGCGGUGGGGGGAGGAGGAGGAGAGGACGAUGAGGAGGUGGUUGGCAUUUGCGGCGAAGCGCACGGCGCGGUGGCUCGGGAGCAGAGAGAAUGGCUCCAGGUCCACCAACUAGCUUCUGAAGAAUUUUCUUCUGACGGAAAUGCCCACGGAUCCAAUGAUUAUUUCCCAAGAGGACGCCACGGAGGGAGGCGGGUGGAUCUUUUUGAAAGAUUCCAGUGGUACGUGGAAGUGGCAAGUACCACGGGAUCUUGAGUAGCGUCACGUGAUGGACCUCCUCACGUUACCGCCGGUCUGGGGACUCGCGAGGACCCUUGCACGAGGGGAUGUAGGUUGCAGCAAAAAAGGGGAGAGUUUCGAGCUCUCUCAUCCGCGUGGACGGUUGUGAAGUCGGGAGACGGUGGUCGGUAAACGAGAUCCAACCGGAGGUGACGGGAAACACGGCGGCUUCUCCGGGAUGGCGCUUUUUGUCGGGUGGUGAGAAAAGGCGAGCCGAGUAGGCGGAGAAUCCGAACCGUCCAUUUCAAUUUCGUGGGGGGUCCAUAGAGAAAUGCGGGAAACGGCAGUCCUGGAAGCUUUGAUGUGGACGGGUGGUGGUGAGCAUUAAAUAGUGAUGCAGAUUGGCCUCGGAUGGUUUUCUUUGCGUUUGGUGCAGGAAGCAGAGGUAACUUGGUAUUUACUGCCAACUUUGUGAAUGAAUCUCGCUUGUAUUAUGUAGGGAGGCUGCGUGCAUGCUGUUUGUUGGUGCUCAUGAAGAUGAGAAAUAUCUGUACUUUUGACUACGAAAUUUCGGAUUGCAGCGUUGAUUGCAUGCUAGUUUAUGCAGAUGCCAAUGUUCUAGCUUCUAAACCUCACAUAUCACAUGUUUCUCAUCAAGUCGUGGCAAAUAUAUUGGAACCAUUGUUGUGUCUCUCAGUUUUCUGGGGAGGAGGGUUGCUUUCGUUUUAUUUUUUAAUUUGUAGAGAGUGGAAACAGAAAAUGGAAAACUUCAAUUAAUGGACAUGUUUCAUGCGACUGCUGUCCAUGGAAUAACAUUUUAGUAGCUGAUAUUAAGAUAUCAAGAUAGAUUACUAGCUUAAACAUGCGACUGUUAUUAGUCUAAAACAAAAUGCUUUAUGGUCUUCGUCCAGUCACUCAUCCUGGA